AUGUGUGUAGAAAGUGGUGGUGAUUGUUUUGAAGACUCCACUUUGGUAGAAGCUGAAGAUGUUGGGUUCUCUCAAAACCCUAGCUUCUCCAUUGAAGAAGAGGAAGAAGAAGAAGCACACCCUUACGAGCAGAACUACUGUGGUGCCAUGGAUAUGGAGCUUAUCCAGCAGCAGCUGAAUAAUGUUGAACAGUGUUAUAAUAACACCAAUGAUGGGAACAAUGGGCGUUUGGUCCAAGAAUUAGGACCAGAUCUUAUGUUUCCCUUGAGUGUUCUCCCCCCACAACCCCCUUUGCUGAGAAACUACUACUUGUUUCACUCUUUACCUCAUGGGGGCUUUGCAAUUGGGGGAUCAAGUAGUAGCUAUAGCUCUUUGUUUGAUGAGAGAGAUCAUCAGGUUCCGAAUAAUAAUAAUGUUAAUGUUAAUGUUGCUUUCUACCAAGAUGUAAAUGGAAUUGGAAGGGGUUUUGAAUUCACUGCUGACAUGAAUGAUUUGGGCAAAAAUAGAGAUGGUAAGGACUCCAAACACUUUGCCACAGAGAAGCAAAGGAGAGUCCAUUUCAAUGACAAGUUCCAGGCCUUAAGGAAGCUGAUCCCAAACCCCACAAAGAAUGAUAGGGCAUCAAUUCUGGGGGACGCUAUUGAGUACAUAAAUGAGCUUAAGAGCACAGCGAGUAAACUCAAGGAUCUGGUAGAGAAGAAGAGAUGCAGCUGCAGAGAGAGGAUUAAGAGGCCUAGCAGGCGGCAGAAAACUACAACAGAAAAUGAUGUGAAGUUUGAGCUGGAAGAUAUGCUCCAAUGUUGCAACGGAGUUUCAUUAUCAAGUUCAAGUUCUUGGCACCGGACAAAAUCCAAGAAUAAUAAUACCGAGGUUGAUGUUCGAAUCCUGGACGAUGAAGUCACAGUGAAACUAAUUGUCCUGCAGAAGAAGAAGAAGAAGGGGACAAACUGCCUGCUCUUAGUUUCAAAGCUUCUUGAUGAACUGCAGCUCCAUCUGUACCAUGUUGCCGGAGGGCUCAUCGGUGAUUACUAUAGCUUUCUCUUCAACUCCAAGAUCUUCCAAGGCACUACGGUGUAUGCGAGUGACAUAGCCAACACGCUCGUUGAGGCUAUGGAGAAAGACGUAGUACAGUACACAGCAGCCAUUGCACCGCCCGCCCUACAAUUAAGCACUAGCUAG